UGGGGUGCAGGAGGCCCCUGAGGAUGGGAACGAGGCAGGCAGAGGGACCUGACACAGAGACAGGCCAGAGACUGGGCAGAGCUGGCGAGGCGAGGGUGGGCAGGGCUGGCACCUGAGAACCAACGCCCCAGCAAAUCCUCAGAGCAUACAGAGGACAAGACCGCCUGCCGGCUCCUGGCAAGGGGCAGAGGCGGCCACAGGGGCUCGCGAGGGAGGGGGUUCGGGAGGAGGGUUCUCUCAGUCCCUCCCCGCCCCAACUUCCUCUCUAAGCCAGAACAGGAUCUGAAGCGGCCUGGACAGGAGAGAGGAGCCCUUAGGGACCUCAGUCUUUUCUCUGAGGCAGCCUGAGAUGCCCUCGACUUCCAAUCAGCUCACCGGGCACAUGGAGGGGCCCCCUGCGACCGAGGCAGCCUUGUGGGCCCCGCUCCCUUGCGGCCCCUGCAUCCCCAUCCUGCUGGCCCUAGCCUCCCUCGCCGCCUUCUUCAUCCUGACUACAGCCGUGCUGGCCGAACGUCUGUUCCGCCGCUCUCUGCGCCCCGACCCCGGCCACCGCGCGCCCACCCUGGUCUGGCGCCCCGGAGGAGAGCUGUGGAUCCAGCCGGCGGGCACCGCCCGGGAGCGCUCUGAGGACUGGUACGGCUGUGAGGCGCCCCUGCUCGCUGAUGGGGGCCCAGAGCCUGCUCCCCCCGGGGGCACCUUGGAGGCCCGGGCCAGCGCCCCACCUGCGCCUUCAGCCCUGUGCUCUGCCCCCAGCUCCCUGGUCCCCCAGGAGCACCCUGAGAUCCUGGCUCGCAGCACCUUCUGGGGGCCCCAGCCACAUUGGGAAAGGCCCCCCACUGCAGGCCUAGUGAGCUGGGCUGGGCCUGAGCUGAGGCCAGAGGCCACCGAAAGCCUGGGGAGCCCCAGAACCUGGAGGCUGCGGCCGGGGAGCCCCGAGCCUGACUGGAGCCUCCAGCCUCGGGUCACCCUGGAGCAGAUCUCUGCAUUCUGGAGGCGGGAAGGCCGGACCAGCGUGGGCUUCUGAAUCCCCAGGGCCUCCGCGGGACGGGCCCCCAGAAGGCCCUCUGGAAGGCACUGCGGCCCCACGGCUGUCUGAGGACAGGUGCUCCCCCAGGCCUCGAUCUGAAUUUUCCGUUCCCCUGGGCCUGCGUGGGGAGCAGGCUGAGCGCGGACGGAGGUGUGCACGGAGGACACCCGGCAGCGUCUCUCACCGGGCCUCCCGCUGCUCGCCCGCUGUGACUCAGAGCUGGAGGUAAGGCCAGUGCUGGCCCACAGGCUUCGAGUAUGCAUUUCAGAGAAGUAGCUCAAACCAGUUUCCACUUUGGAAGUAGCUCAAACCUUUCCGCUCUGCCAGUGGGUCUGAGAUGCCACACGGGGUCCGGAAGAGGAUGCUGAGGAGCAGCCUGGGAGAGGUGAUCAGAGGUGACAGGCGUGCUGGCCGGAGCCGGCAGGAGCCCAGCUUCCCAGGGCCACAGGUCUGCUCCCUUCCCUGACCUGACUCCUGGCCCCCACCGUGAGGUCGUCGGAGAACAUACAGAGGCCAAGACCAGGCAAAGGAGCCUUCGACUACACUGACUGCUGCGUUCAUCCUCAGAUGGCGAGGAGGGGCUGACCCAAGCGGGAGAGGCCCUGCCCGCCCGGUGUUGAAACGUAGUCAAGGAAGACCAGCAGGGUCUGCGCAGCCUCCCACAGCUGCGCCAUCCCAGGCCCCUGGGCCUCGGCGCUCCCGGGGAAGGCAGCCCUGAGGGAGCCACCGGGCAGCCAAGGAGAAUGAGUCCGAGCCCGUGUGGAAAAGGCUUGGCCCCGGGAAGGGCAGCUCCCUAACCCUGGCCUCUGGCCAUCUUCCUGCCCAGCUUGCUGGACUGGUCCAGAGAGAUUUGCCCCAAGACAGGGCUGUUUAUAAUGAUCCACCGCAUAGAAACGGAGCCGCAAGUGCUAGUAGACCUACUUACCAGCAGACGCCCCUUCCCUAACCCUCCCCCUCCCCCUCUUCCACCUCCCCCUAACCCUGGGGAGAUUCCACUCCCCAGGGGCUGAUUUCUCAAACUUCAAUCAUGAAUAUUAGAAUUUUUGACAUAUCAGUUUAUCACCUUUAGUAUUACUUACUUUAUAUUUUUUUCUUUAAAUUGACCCAUUAUUUGCUUAAUAAAUUUAUUUUAAAAGGAA